CAGGACUUGACGAGGAGGACGCGUCAUGAGCCAUGGAUUGGAACCGAUGGACAAUAAAAAACGUUCUCGUUCUCGGUAACCGAGCUUGAGAGAGAUGGCAUUGCAUGGGAUUUCGUGCGCGUUGUGCGGUGCGUCUCAGAUCCCGAUUUGCCGCCCUUCGCCGAGUUGCCAGACCAGAAGAGGAAAGUCGAGGUCGAGAAGGAGAAAGAGAAGUCCAAAGUCAGCUGGGACCGAGUGGUCCACCGGCAUACGCCAGCCAAUUCUCUUCUCCGUACGCGGACAUUUCGCAUCAAGAUACCCGUGGACGGGCAGGAGCGGGAGUUUCUGCUGCAGCUGCUCAACGAGCCGUGUGCCAUUCGCCUGUGUGACCGGGGCGGCUUGGUGCUCAAGACCAUCAUGGCCAAGAGGUUGUCGGGUGUGAGGAGGAAGGGCAUGACGCUCGAAGUCCGCGUCAAGAAGGAGACAUUCGACGUCAUCUUCGGAAACCUGAAGGAGUGCCUGACGUGCUGCGAUUCGCUGCGGCUGAUGUAUGGUAUAUUGGUGGCAUUGGCGAGUUACAGCAGGGAGGAGAUCCGUCAGAUGGAGAGGGGCGAUGGCGAGGGGGGCGAGGUUGAGGUUGAGGAGGUUGAAGAGGAAGAGGAGGACAUUGUGAGUGAGGUGGACCCACUCAUGCAAGAGGAUGACCUCAGGAGAAAAGCAGGGUGAGACAGACAGACAGACAGACCAGGUGCCAAACUUUGCAUUGUUCGUUUGUCCCAUGGUGUCUCCCUCAGGGGCCGUCGGCGGAUCGACUUCCUCGAGGGAUGUCCUAUCCACGGCGACCGGCCCUGUGACUGCCAGCUCGAGAGACCAACAUUCAAAGCCACACGACAGGCGCUCUUCCUUGCUGGUGAAAUUGAGACGGCAGAAGAGGUGCCGGAGGGCAAAAGACCACCCUCAGAUGCACGCGCCAAACAUGCCGCGAAGCGCAGCGAGGCGGAUGGGCUCAAGCAGAAGGGGGGAGAGGGCAAAGGCACCCUUGAGGCGAAACAAGACCGCAUGUUGGCCGACCGCUUCCCCGUGGCUAUUGAGGGGCGGCUGGAGCCAGGCCGUGAGGUGCGGAUGAAGGAGCUGUCGAUAUUGGGGGCAUCGGUGCCGCCGAAGCUGUUGGAGUGGUAUGUGGCCGAGAAGCCUGGCGUGCCGCCUUCAUUCCCCGCCGACGCCACCAGCCAGUCGCCACUCUUCAGAGUUACAGAUGAAAUGGUCCGCAGGAGAAUGGAAACGGAUUGUCCGUUAUGCUUUCACGCGCCGUUCAUGUGGUUGACGUAUGUCAGGUCGGGCAUUGUAUUCGGUUGCGUCUGCUUCGUCGACUGAAGGAGCCCCGUAAGAAGAAUGCGAUUAUCGCGAGCAUCGCCACGUCGCAGCCAGUGACAAUGGAUGACAAGGUGGCCCGCAUCAUGAUGAAGAACCUGGUGGACAUCCCUGUGGUGUAUGAGGCAUACUUCAAGUGGCCCGACGCUUGCCGCAUGUUCCUCGUCGACACACACACAGACGAGGCGCCCAAGAACCCGAUCGUUCAGAUCAAUGUCAUCAUAUCACGCUACGUACGUAAGACAGAGACACACACAGUGUCAUGCCCUCUUCUCUCUUGGUUGCAAGGUGUAUGUGCAUGAUAUGGUCGUUGUGCUCAUCAGGGUAUAGUGGUCAAGUUGACGGAUGCGGCAGCGAUCGACCUCGGCAUCGGUGCGCCAGCAGCCAAGAAGGAGGGCGGGAGUGAGGCCUCAUCGGCAUCAGAGACCGAUGAGGCAGAGGGGGCUCACUUGGAGCGUCCAUUUGGCUACCCUGCCUUUUAUCUGUCUCGCCCGCUGAACCUGCAUGCACCGCGCAACAAGGCGCCGGGAGACCACAUGCACCUCUACCUCAACAUAUGGACGUAAGCAGGCUGAGCACAGAGACAGACAAGCCUUUGCUUGUAUGCGUGCGUAAGUGGGCACGUAUCUAUCGUGUCUCUGUGGCUGUAGUGGUGGGAUGACGCCGACCACGUAUCGACUGGAGCUGCCGUCUGAGGUGAGGAAGGAAGUGCAGCACAAGAACGAAUUGAAUCUAUUCCGGAUGCACCCGUAUGAUAUGUAUACAAUCGUGGUGGCUGUCAAUGUUGAAUAGGACGUCCGCAACGAGUUUUACCACACAAUCCAGCUGUGCAAAUUUCUCAGAGGAACAUUCAAGGUAGACAGACACUCACAGACGGCCGUAUAUACAAUACACACAUAUACAGCACAGAUACACACACCUGUGACUGUCUGACAUCUUUGCAAACUGCUGUUUCUUUCACAGGAUGUAGAUCGGUGGCGUGCCGACCUGGCCGUGGGCUACUACGCCCGUCUCAAGAAACUAUAUGCAUAUCUGUGGGCUACCAGAGCAGAGGAGCUCACCAACCCCCCGCCCCCAGAAGUGACAGCGCCUCCCGUCAGAGGCCCAGAAGAGUAUGAAGAGGAAGCUCCGGUUGAGGGUGCUGGAGUGGGCCUGUACGAGGAGCUCUGCCCUACGUGUCACCAGCCGCUACCAAAAGUCCACCGAGAACAACACCCACAGCAACAGCAAUGGGGUGGUGUGCCGAAUGAGGAGACAUACGCAUAG